AUGCCACGUCCAAGGGGUGCGGCUACGCGCGCAGCUCCACGUCGCAAUUCCUACCAAGAUGACACGCCUUCCCGGACUCGUGGGCGAGGAGCAAAACAAGCCCCAUCAGAAUCAGAUGCGCCAGACACGGUUGCACCAAGGUUCAGUCCUACCAAGCUGAGUCCAACCAUUACCAGAAAAACCACUCGUUCUGCCUCCAACAUUUCUGGCAACUCCUUCGAAGCUGCACCUGAAAUUUAUGCCUCGUACGAGCAUCCAUUAUUUAUGGUCUUCGGCCUCUCUCCCGAGUUCUUCGAUGGUCUCAAGAAGCAUCACGGAAAACUUCCCAAAGAGCGCAAAUCGCUCGUGGGAUCUCUGAUGGAGCGAUCGCUUAGCCCAGAAGACGAAUCUGACUCUGAAGAAGAGAGUGCGGAAGAAAGUGAAGUUGAAGUGCCUGUUGCACCUCAGCCAGCGCCAAGAGGCGGCCGUGGACGCGGUGGUCGAGGCUCACGUGGUGGACGCGGCCGAGGCAGUCGCGGCGGCAGAGGUAGCCGGGGUGGAAGGGGUGGAAGAGGAGGAAUCACGAAAGCGACCGCAUCCGCCUCAAAAGCUGCUCGUAAUGCUGCUGCCAUUUUUCCAUUUACAGAAGAUGAUGAUGAUCAACCGUCCAAUCAGAGCACACCCAACGGCAAUGCCAAGCCAACCAUGCGACUACACAACCUUCACUCUGCGCAAAGUUCCGAGGAUGAAAACGAAGAAGCAAUUGAAGAUGACGAUAGCGAGGCUGAGUUUGAUCGCAUAGACGUCAUACAUAAACCAUCAAGGACGCCACAAGGUUCUGCGCCACCUGGCCAGGACUCUUUCGACGACGAUGCCCACACAUCUGCCCCAGCGCCUGAGUCCAGAUCCGAGCCUACGUCCAAGAGAUCGGGCAAACUUGCGGUUCCCAAGAUUGCUCUGCCGGACUCGGCUUCGCAGACGCCACGGGAAUCCGCUUCAACACCUGCAGAGUCUGCGGUUCCAAAACUGCUGGAUCCUGAAGAGGACGUCCUCUCUGAGUCGGAUCUGCCCGAUCCUUUUGUUGAAGAUGCACCUUCUCCAAUCGAGGCUGAGUGCGAAGAUAGAGCAGACUACCUCUUGCAGAAGCGCUUCAAGCCGAUGGCUGAUGUACAAGCUGCUAUUGCAGCUCUGACGAAGUUUCCGGCGGCGCAACGAAGUACUGAGAAUCUCUAUGCACUGACGCAAAAUGCGCAACAGAUUCUCAAAGCGUGGCAAGAUGAAUACCUCAUGUUAGAUGCAAGAACCGCACCUCACAUGCACCCAGCCAAGAAAGCCUGUAAUGGUGGGCGUAUUCCUCUGGCCCCGGAGAUCUUCGAAGAUAUGAAGGAGGCUGAUCUAUAUGGCUAUGUCUACGACCCGAAGAAGCCUCCAGGCUGCCAGGAUCCUUGGGCACAGCGACCAGGUGCAGAGAAGGGUGGCCGGAGAGAGCUACGUACACGUCGCACACGUGACAUGCUAGAAUCAGCAGCUCCUAGCGAAGACGAAGGCGAAGAAGACGAAGAAGGUCGGCCAUCAAAGCGGCAACGAAGGGCCACCCGCAAGUUCGAUGGCACUGAUACCGGGACUGGAGCCAAUACCCCCAAGAAACACAACGGAUGGGGCGGUGCACGCAAGAAGGGGGUUAGCCGAUUUGCAAAACCGACCUCAGAGACACCGGAACCAGAAGGAAGAGGCACGAAGCGAGCACGAACAACGGCUAGUAAUUUACUCCAUCAACGCAUCCAAGAGAUGCGGGAAGAGUCGGUUAUUGGCAGUUCCGGAGAUGAGGAGUCCUCAGCAAUGGAUGUCGACGAAUACUCCGACGCAAACCCCAAGCGCGGACGUCCAGCUGGUAGUAAGAAUGUAGCUCGGCGUAGCGACUAUGGGGUGAAAAAGGGUCCACGAAAGAAGACGAGCGAAUCCGGAACCCCGGUUCCUUCAGCACAUGGUCCGAACGCUCCGCCACCCGCACUGAACUCAAUGAGUGAAGGUCAAGGUCAGUUUACCAUUGAUGCCCAGCCUUUCCCGGAUGGCAUACCCUUGAUGGCACCGAACUCUGCUGAGACGGUUUUCCAAGGCACAUCACAGCACACCGCGCCACCUCAAGAAGUGCCGCUUGUGCAUCCAAGUGAGUCUAGUACGCCUGACGCAUAUAUGCUCACUGCACCGCUGAGCCAAUACACGAAUAACUAUGUCGACGAGUCAUCCCCGACUUCAGGCUCGAGACGAAAACCGCGUGUGAAGAGUGAGAAGCGAAGCCAGUCUAUGACGAUGUGGUGGGCUGAACGCAAGGCGAAGAAGCGUGAGCAAGACGAAAAAGAUGGAAAGCCUGCAAAGCCCACUCCCUCGCGCUCGAAUUCAUCAAACCGGAGGGGUGCGCGGCAGUCUGGAGGCUCGGCAACUGGCGCGACGCCCCAACCACAGGCUUCAGAGUCGCAACAAGCAUCUCCAAUCCACCAUCCUCAACAUGCUCCUCCACAACACAGCCCUCAUCACGCCCCUCCAGAAGCAUACCUUCAGUACACUCAAGGUCCUCCUGGCCCACCGGGUCAUUACAUGUAUGUCAGUGGGCCACCCCCACCACCACCGCACCACAUGAUGAUGCAAUACUCGCCACUUGCGGCGUUACCAACCGGCUCUUUCCCGAGUCCAUAUGCCCACCAUCCGCCCCAUCCUCAUUCAGGUAUUCCCCUUACUCAGCCUCCGAGCUCCGCGGGUGGACCAUUUGGAGCUGGCCCCCGUCAGCUUGCUCCCGCACCCAUGGGCAUGCCCACAUACCCUAGCCCGUACGGACCUCAAAGUCCAGCAGGUGGAAGGCCAAAGAGCAGUGGUCAGUCCUUACCGAGAAGUACUGCUACAGUGCAGAAUGGACAGCAGGUGCUGGCACCUGCUCCAUCUCAGCAACAACCUCAACAGCCACAAGGGCAGCACUUCAGUCCGUAUGCGCCGGUGAGCGCGGGAGGUGCUGCGGGUCGGGAGAUGCCUUUCAAAGUCAUGGUACCUGGGCCUACGCCAGAAAGGAGAGGAAGUCGUUAG